ACCGUACCAAGUGUGGCAGAGAGUGGGGGUGUAUUGAUUAGUCGGGUAGCUCAGCGGUUGGACAGCUCCCGUCUGUUUGUCUGACUGACCAUGCACCUGGAGCGCGAGGCCCAGCCCGCAAUACAACCGCAUUGUGUUCACAGGCUGGUUCCGGAGGUUGUCGGUGAAACCCCGCUGGAGUGCCGCUGGGCAGGUUGAUAAGGGAGGAGAGCGCAGACGAUAGGUAGCCUACAGGGCGCAGCAGGCGGACACACAGCGCUUCUUACCGUCGCUGCUAAUAAAGAAAGCAGCGUUCAGAACAACAGACGUCGCACUGAGACCCGCCUGGACCCGUCUGGACCCUUCUGGACCCGGUCUUUUGUCUAUUGUCUCUUUGGCUGUGGAUGUUCUGUGAAGAUGUCUUAUUUCACAGUGUUGUUGCUGCUGCUGCCAGUCCUGUGUAGCAUCAGAAACACCUCCAGCGCUGCAUCCUCAGCAUCCCAAAAGUGUGAGGACAGCUUGGCCACUCCUCUCCCCUACAGCUCCUUCACCAGUUCAUCGGUGUUUGCCCGAGGAUAUGGAGCUGGUUACGCCAAACUCAACCGGAAACAAGGUGCUGGAGGCUGGUCGCCCUUGGAUACAGACCGUUACCAGUGGUUACAGGUGGACCUGGGUUCUAGGAAGCAGGUGGUUGCCAUAGUGACGCAGGGUCGCUACAGUAGCUCUGAUUGGACUAGCAAGUAUCGGCUGCUUUACAGUGAAACUCAGAAAAACUGGAGGCCUUAUCUACAGGAUGGAAACAUCUGGACGUUUGAGGGGAAUGUGAACAGUGAGGGUGUCGUUCGCUAUGAGCUGCAGCACGCUAUCCUGGCCCGCUACAUCCGCUUUAUCCCAGUGGACUGGAGCAAGGAGGGACGCAUCGGAGUGCGGCUGGAGCUCUACGGCUGCUCAUAUUGGGCAGAUGUGAUCAGUUUUGACGGCCAUGGUGUCAUCUCCCACCGCUUCAGGAGUAAGAAGAUAAAGAUUGUGAAGGAUGUCAUCUCUCUGAAGUUUAGAACCACGGCUGGAGACGGGGUCCUGCUUCAUGGAGAGGGACAGCAGGGAGACUACAUCUCCCUGGAGCUCCGCAGGGCAAGACUGCAGCUCAGCAUCAACUUAGGCAGUAACCAGUACGGUUCCAUUCAGGGUCACACGUCUGUGACCAGUGGGAGCUUACUGGAUGAUGACCACUGGCACUCAGUUGUCAUACAGCGGUACCGAAGGAAUGUCAACUUCACUUUGGACCAUCACACUCAGCAGUUCAGGACCAAUGGAGAGUUUGACCACCUGGACCUGGACUAUGAGAUCAGUUUCGGAGGGCUACCUGUAUCAGCGAAGCCAAGUUCAGGAGGCCGAGAGAACUUUGUGGGCUGCAUGGAGGGAAUGACCUACAACGGAGACAACAUCACUAACCUGGUCCGCAGGAAGAAGGUGGACACCUCCAGCUUCCGUAACCUGACAUUUUCAUGUGCUGAGUCCAACUCCUUCUCCGUCUUCUUCAACUCCACGUCCUUCCUGCGGCUGCCAGGUCAGAGUGACAGCGACACUCUUUCAGUCAGUCUGUCUUUCAGGACAUGGAACCCCAACGGGUUGCUGAUGUUCACGCCGCUGGCUGACGGCUGGGUGGAGGUGGGACUGACGGAGGGCAAGGUCACCGUCUACAUGAAUGUGACACAGAAGAAGAACACACGUAUUGACAUCUCAUCAGGCUCAGGUCUGAAUGAUGGCCUGUGGCACAGUGUUCAUCUGAAUGCAUUGGAGAACUAUGCAAUGCUGACAGUCGAUGGAGACGAGGCAUCCACAGUCAGAACAGCCAUCCCCAUCCACAUCCAGACCGGAGGAACCUACUACUUUGGAGGUAACUUCCUGCACAUUAACACCCGAUCACCUCAGCGCUCGUUCCAGGGCUGCAUGCAGAUGAUCCACAUAGACGACCACCUAGCUGACCUCAGGGCUGUCGAGCAGGGCCUCAUUGGAACCUUUGAGAACGUCAGCCUGGAUAUGUGUGCCAUUAUAGACAGGUGUGUUCCUAAUCACUGUGAGCACGGUGGGCGCUGUUCUCAGACGUGGGAUACAUUCAGCUGCAACUGUAGUGGCACUGGAUACACUGGAGCUACCUGCCAUACAUCGAUGUAUCAGCAGUCCUGUGAGGAGUAUAAGCACCAGGGGAAGAGCUCAGGGAGCUACUGGAUCGACCCAGACGGCAGUGGACCUAUCACCCCCUUCAGAGUCAGCUGUGACAUGACAGAGGAAAAGGUUUGGACCACGCUAAAGAACAACCUAUCUCCUCAGACAUCAGUCACCAGUGCAGACCAGGAGGGGAAGGCAGUGCUGCAGAUCACUUACAAUGUGACUGAUGAACAGGUGCUGUCAGUCACCAGCAGUGCAGAGUACUGUGACCAGUAUGUAGCCUACGCCUGUCGAAUGUCUCGUCUGCUCAACACUCCUGAUGGCGUCCCGUUUACCUGGUGGGUAGGACGAGCCAAUGAGAGGCAUUCUUAUUGGGGGGGUUCAGGACCAGGCAUACAGAAGUGUUCCUGUGGUAUCGAACACAACUGUACUGACCCCAAACACUAUUGCAACUGUGACGCUGACCUGCGCACCUGGAGGGAGGAUGCGGGCCUGUUAGUGUAUAAAGACCAUUUGCCAGUCAGUCAGGUUGUGGUUGGUGAUACAAGCAGAGCUGGAUCUGAGGCCAAACUGACAAUAGGGCCACUCAAAUGCCAGGGGGACCGGAACUUCUGGAACGCAGCGUCCUUCACCAGCCCUGCUUCGUCCCUCCACUUCCCUUCCUUCAGAGGAGAAACCAGCACUGACAUCUCCUUCUACUUUAAGACUUCGUCCACUCAUGGAGUCUUUCUGGAGAACCUGGGAACCGCUGACUUCCUUCACAUUGAACUCAGAGGAGGCUCAGUGGUCUUCUUCUCUUUUGACGUGGGCAGUGAGCGAGUGGAGCUCAGCGUCCACUCGCCGGUGCCUCUGAACGAUGACCAAUGGCAUCGUGUGGAGGCUGAGAAGAACAUCAAGGAAUCAGUGCUGCAGCUUAAUGGACAGUACAAAGAGGUCCGACCCACGCCACCACAGGGACACACAAAACUGGAGUUCUACAGUGAGCUAUAUGUUGGUGCCUCGGGUGGUCACAGGGGUUUUUUGGGCUGCAUGCGGGCUCUGAAGAUAAAUGGUGUGACCUUUGACCUGGAGGAGAGGGCAAAGAUGACUCCAGGGGUGAAUCCAGGCUGCCAGGGCCACUGCAGCCGGUACGGGAUGCACUGCAGGAAUGGAGGGAAGUGUGUGGAGCAGUACAGUGGAUACUUGUGUGACUGCUCCCUCACUGCGUACGAUGGACCUUUCUGCACCGAUGAUGUAGGCGGCUACUUUGAGCCAGGAACCCUGGUGCGGUACGACUUCUUGCCAGAGGCGGGACCAUUUGUGUUGCAGGAGGUGAAGAGCGGAUCAGGUAUCGGUGUUCCUGGUGAGGCCAACCUGACUCAGGAGGAGUUGAUUUUCAGCUUCAGCACCGCCAGCGCUCCCAGCAUCCUGGUCUACAUCAGCUCCAGAACUCAGGACUAUCUAGCUGUGGUGCUCAGACACAACGGCACUCUCCAGAUCCGCUACAGUCUUGGGGGGCUCACAGAACCUUACACCAUAGAUGUGGACCAUCGUAACAUGGCCAACGAACAGCCACACUCUGUCAACAUUACUAGGAACUUCAGGGAGAUCCGACUACAGCUGGACCACUACCCCGUGUCCACAUACAUUCUACCUGAGGCCUCGGACACCCAGUUCAACUUGGUCAAAAGCAUCUUUCUUGGAAAGGUCUUUGAAACAGGACAGAUCGACCCCAUCCUAAUCGAGCGCUACAACACGCCGGGCUUUGUGGGCUGUCUGUCCAGAGUUCAGUUGAACAGCUUGGCACCGCUGAAAGCUGCGCUGCGCUCAGGCCUGGCAGCACCCGUCAGUACCCAUGGGAUUCUGGUCCCUUCCAACUGUGGAGCCUCACCCCUGACCAUCUCCCCCAUGGCCUCGGCUAGUGACCCCUGGCACGUAGAAGCAGCUGGAGCUGUUUUCCCCUUCGAUGAGCACAAGGCUGCUGGGGAUGGAGUGGAUCGCAACUCUGCCAUCAUUGGAGGCAUCAUCUCCAUGGUGAUCUUCACCGUCCUCUGCAUCAUGGUGUUUGUGAUCCGUCAUAUGUUCCGUCAUAAAGGCUCCUACCACACCAACGAGGCCAAGGGAGCGGAGUCAGCAGACUGUGCCGAUGCUGCGAUCAUCGUCAACGACCCGGCCUUCACCGAAACCAUUGACGAGAGCAAGAAGGAGUGGUUCAUCUGAACCCUCUCAACAACUUGGACACAUGACGUUAGGAUGUAUGUAGUUUUCUAAGCAUAGGGAGUAGUAGUGAGGUCAGCACCUGUGGAACCUCCAGGAUGUGCCGAGUGGUUUAUUUAAAGACUUUAUGGACAACGGACACCGUGGCAUUACAGUGUGGGUAUUAAGCACAGGGCACAGUGCUGCCUGGCAGAGCCCGUGUGGAGCUGUGGAGUGCUUUAUUUUAACUUGAUUUGGACAGUGUGACAGGAUGUCAGCCUUCAGAUGGUGUAGAGGAUGGCGCCAUGAAGUUACAGGCCUUGGAUGAGCGAGUGUGUUCAUUAGCUUUUAUUUUAGUAUUUAUUUAUUGAAUUUUUCAUUUGAUUUCAGUUAAAUUUAUUUAUUCAUAUUUAAGUAAUAUAUUUUUUGUAAAAGGUCUUACUUUGUUUACGUUAUAGAUUCAUAUCUUUAUGCCUUUGUGCAAUCUGCUGGUAUUUCAGAAAAGUAUGGCAUUAAUGGUAAUGAUCAUUAAUCCAUUAAUCCCAAUAAUCCUCUACGUCUGCAGCAAUGCUCAUAAAUUACCGUUUUUUGUAUUAUUGCCUUAUUUAAAUUGAUUUCAGUACAUUUGUUGGCGUGUGUCUGUGCACUGACUGGCUCGCUUUUCUGUGAAGCAGAUGUAGUCACGACUUUGUCCGCAUCUUUUGGACUAAGAACGGAAAGGAAACGUCACACUUCUACAUGACAAGUGUCUCUUAGUGACUUUUGAGCAUUGAUUGUUGAAACUUUUAAUGAUUGCAUCAUUUAUUUUUCUGUUUCUGAUGCCAAAUGAGAUCAGGGGUGAGUUCAGCUUUUGAAGAAUGAAAUGGGUCCUGUCAGUCCACGAGAGCUCCACUCACUAGUUUCUUUAUGUUUUUCAGAUUUCUGAGGCAGAUGUUGUCUUUAGUUUGCAAUGAAAAAUGCUGAUACCACGUACCACAAAGUUUCUAUUUAAUCUGUUUUAUCUUCCUGUGUGCCAUCUGACUGAGAGUCAAAUAAGAUGAAGUUUAUCUUGGUCCAGUACGGAGACAGGUGGGGGAGGAGUUUAGCCUAGGUUAGCACAAAGAUUGGAAGCAGGAGGUAACCGCUAACCUAGCUUAAUCACAAGUGAACCAACACACAUUCCAACAACUCCCUGAUUCAUUUAUUCUGCGUUUAGUGGCAAGCUCCAUCCAAGAGCUCAAACCUGGCAACCCCACUGAGAGGACAGGACUUUAUGUGUUCUGGUUGGUCAAGAAACAUCUUUAACACUGCUGGCACUUAGAACCAUUAUGUCUUUGUAUCCAUUUCUACACAAGAUACAAUGUGUGACACACAGGUUUGAGUUGUUGGAAGCAGGCCUGUAGUCAGGGUCACAUACUGUGUGUCAAGGCCACAUACUGUGUGUCAGGGCCACAUACUGUGUGUCAGGGCCACAUACUGUGUGUCAGGGCCACAUACUGUGUGUCAAGGCCACAUACUGUGUGUCAGGGCCACAUACUGUGUGUCAGGGCCACGUACUGUGUGUCAAGGUCACAUACUGUGUGUCAGGGCCACAUACUGUGUGUCAAGGUCACGUACUGUGUGUCAAGGUCACAUACUGUGUGUCAGGGCCACAUACUGUGUGUCAGGGCCACAUACUGCAUGUCAAGGUCACAUACUGUAUGUCAAGGUCACAUACAGUGUGUCAAGGUCAGUGUCCAAACGGGUUUGAGAUAAAUUCAAGACCAAGUCCACAAGGGUUUGACAUCAAAAUGAAAAGAAUGUAGUCCUCCUGUUUCUUUAAGUGAAAGUCAACUGUGAUAUAACUUCAGUCAUUUGAAUUUAGAAACGUUUCAAAUGUGAUAGCAACAGGAAACAACUUCAAAAAGAACAACUCUCUGCAAAAAAAUAGAAUUGUAUUAGAAGCAAAAUAUUCUUGCGCAGUGUUACAAGCUAACUAUGAACAUGUGACAGUUAGCAGAUCAGCCUCUCCAGUCUGCUAAGAGAGCAGCCAGCCAUGCUGGUCUCGGCCCGGUCCAGACCAAAGACAAGGUGAGACUGGAGGCUGACAUCGAGACAAGUCCAAAUCGAAACAUCCUCAAGAUUGUGACAAGUCUGAGAUAACCGAAUAAAACAUCUGGAGUACCACAGCUCUGGUUGGAAGUUGACCUAGACUAGCAGUUUCCUCUGUGUCCAGCCUUUGUGUUAUGCUGGGCUAAACAUGUCCUUGACCUAUCUCUCUGCUGGAGGACAGAUGAAACUGAUAAUGAUCAUCUUGUCCAAGAUGGCAAGUAACAAGCAAAACAAGUAACUUGCCAAAAUGCUAGCACAAUAUUACUCUAGGUAAUCAGCCUCUACUGGCAGCAUGUUAGGAAUUAUCAUUUCCAAGCUACCGAGAAAGUCUUUAUUAUUUCCAUUGAACAUGGUGUUUUGGAAUGAUUCCCCAGUGUUAAUGAUACUGAUUUGUUUGGGUUUAGUGAAGUUGGGGUUAGUACAGUAUGUGUGAGGCCAUGUUGAGGCCUCUUCCUACACUAACAACUCUUCAGAUGGACUGAACUGACUCUUAGUUCAGGGUUCUUCUAAAACCUGUCCUUUAAAAACCUGAUCUUUCUUUUUUUUAUGAAGUAGGAUGACAUUUCUGGAAAAGAAUGUUUCACAUGCAAAACUAUGGCAUACAUCCUGACAUUUGAUUGUAUUGCAUUUGUAUUCCUUUGACUGCGCUGCAGUGUAAUGGCAUGCUGUUUGACACUGAAUGACACGUAUUUCUGUUUGAUAAGCCACCGUAGCAUCACAUUGCUUUUUCUUCAUGUUAUAUGUAUAAAACUUAGCUUAACUGUUCUUUUUAUAGCUGAUUUCUCAUUCUUUGUGCUUUUCUCGUUGUCUUGAAAAAUUGUAUGCUUCUGUAAAGAUCUGUAAGAGAACUGAUAGACAAA